CUUUCCAGUACUUGUCGUUGUCGACUUUCAUCUUGCAUUCCUUUCGAGUUUGACGUUGUAUACGUACAGAUUGACUGACGUAUUACGCAAAAUGUCUGAGCUAGUCAAUACUGUAUCGGCCUUAAAAUGCGAGGACGAAGAUAAGGAUGAUGACGGAGGCCCAAUCCGACUAGCAGCCGAAGCGACGAACUCGGCGUGCGCUCCGACGUCCCACAACGACAGCACUUCGCCAUCCGCCCAAUUUUCCUCAGAAAAUGGCAGCUCAAAUACAGCGCCCCCGGAUGAUGUUUCUGUAAAGCUGGCGGAGGCAGAAAGCAAGGAUAAGAAGCCAGCCAAGGAAAGACUGAAAUUCUGCGCGAUGCUGGGGCGACCCGAUACGGACGCCGAGCAAAUGGCCCUCAGCAUCCCCGACAAGAUGCUCGUGCGGGCCUCGAAGACGACCGACAGCCAGCACGUGCUGGUGAUGGGCAGUGUCGAUCUCAUGGAGGACCCGCUGCCGUGCCCCUUCGCCGCGCAGGUGGAGGCCUGCUAGGGCUUCCGCGCGGGCGAGCCCCGCCAUCUGCAGGCGCACCUGCAGGCCACGCACCCCGGCCUGCAGAGGGCGCUGCUCAACGUGCUGUGCCCCUGUCCGGCGCAGUGCAACGCCGGCAAGAGCUGUCCGCGGGCCUUCUACGACCCCGGCGACAUGCGCCUGCGCGAGCAUCUGCACCAGCACCACGCCAAGUACUACCGGAGGAUGCGGGCCGCCUUGAAGCCGGACGAGGCGAAGGUGGACGAUCCGCAGCGAGAGCAGAAGCGUCUCCACUACCUGGCGCACGCCCGCCGCUCCCGGUUCCCGGCGUGGGCCUACAAGACCGACCGGUUGUUCCCCAGCCAGAUCAUUCCCGACAGGAUCGUCAUCCCCACGCAAGUCGACAAGGACGGCACCAUCAAGUACAUGUGCAGCAUCGAUCCCUGCAGCGACCACGCCAUCGACUCGGGCUUCGGAAUCCACCUGCACAUGAUGGAGCAGCACGGACAGCGCUACGACUUGCUACUAAGCCGGCGGUACCACGGCGCCGGGUUGCGAGCGGUUGCUGAACGCUUCCGAUGAUAAGAUGGAACUGCACGUCAAGGCCAUGCACCCCGAGCUGAUGGAUGGUCGGCGGAUUACUCGCCGGAAGCGCAACAGAGGCUGAGAGCGCUGGAGGACCGCAUUCCCGCCGACGGUACUGACCGUGCACGCAGCGUGUGCUGGUACCAGUGUCCCGUGGAGGGGUGCCGCGCCGACUUUCUGCGCCUGGGCGAGGGCUGUCAGCGCGACUACAUGCUGUGGCACGUCCGGGCCGAGCACCGCGACGUCUGGAAUGCGCCCGCGACAGAGCCCGCAGUGCCUUGAGAGCUAACACUGUCGACGAUGUCAACGGGCAGUGUUACUGUCCACCAAGGCCAGGUGUUUCCGCAGUGAUACUCCGUGCUGCCUCAGCUCUGUUUCCGGCGCUGCGACGCCAUCAUCUCGCGGUUCUGCGCGUCUGACGAAGCACGUAUUGUGCGGAUA